UAUGCCAUCCUUUUUGUUCUCUUGUGUGGACCCGAAAAACCCUCACCUCCAAUUCCAAAAGUCUCCCACUCUUUUCUACACAUCUCACAAUGCCAAGAGUGCCAAAGAGGCAGUGACAGUAAUCCCCACCUCCAAUUCCGUUAGCCUCCUCCUUUUCUUUUCUAUAUAUCCCACAACACCAAUAGUGCCAAAGAAACUCUGAUGGAGUUACCUGAUGUCUCACUCUCACCCCUCAUUCACCACAGAGAGAAAUAGAUAGAUAGCACCCAACUACUACUUUACAAACAAUCAAAGGGAAAGUAGGGAGAGGCCUAGACACAACAGAUUGAGAGAAAGAUGGGCAAUUGCAGGUUCAGAUUAUCAGAUAUGAUGCCCAAUGCUUGGUUUUACAAGCUCAGGGACAUGGGAAGAGCAACAAAGCAAACCCCAACAACACAACCCAGGAAGAAAAAGCAACCUUCACCAGUCUCAUUCCCACACUCAUCAAAACCAAAGCAACAACCUCACCAGUGCACUCCCAGAAAGUCUUACUACUUCACAAGAGAACUCAACUCACCCAACAACAGAAUCCACACUUCACCAGCAAAAAAUAACCAAAAUGUUCAAGAUUCCAAUUACCCUGAAUCACCCAGAAAAUCAUCCAAACAAAGGACCAAGAGAAGAACCACUUCUUCACCUAAGCUUGUAACCCCUUCAUCUGCUAAUUGCAGCUGCCACAACAACCUUGAAUCACAUUCCCCACUUGAAAGCUCAGCAGAAUCAGGAUCCCCUGAACCAGAAAACAGAACAGACAACGUUCUUCUUCCCACUCAGACGGUUUCAGGGUCCAACACUUGUGGCUGCAAGCUGCACUGCAACAACAACACCAAUGACAUCAUCAUCGAUGUGGACAACAAUUCCAUAGUCAGAAAAGAUGAUAAGCUAGAUGCGUAUGAGUAUGACUCAAUUUCACAGCAACCAGUGCUUCCACCAAUCUUGACCAAACCAGCAAAGUUCAAAGACAUUGUGGUGGAUGCAAAGAAGAAAGAAACCAAACCCAGAAGCAGAAUCAGAAUCACUGCUGCAAAUGAAGAACACAAUGUAAAAGGGUCACUGAAAGUAAAGAUUUUGAAGGAACAACAACAGAUGAAAACCCCAAGUAGGAGAUUCUCCUUAACUUCUUCUCCUGGUGUGAGAAUUCGGAUGAACUCGCCAAGAAUCGGAAGCCGGAGAGUUCAGGGACAUGGCCGGAAAAGUGUUUCCUCCAGCCGCGGCCGCGGCGGCCGGAGCAGUUUCUCGAAUAGUUUCGCGAUUGUGAAGUCGUCGUUUGAUCCGCAGAGGGAUUUCAGAGAAUCAAUGGUGGAGAUGAUUGAGCAGAACAACAUCAGGGAUUCAAAGGAUUUGGAGGAUCUUCUAGCUUGUUACCUUUCUCUGAACUCAGAUGAGUAUCAUGAUCUCAUUAUCAAAGUGUUCAAGCAAAUUUGGUUUGAUUUAACUGAUAAUUAGUAGAAGAAAAGUAUCCAAGGAGAUUCUAAAUGAGUUUCUGAUACACAAUUUUCUGUUCAUAUGUGAUUAAUAUGAAAUUUGUUUGUUAAGUUUAAUUAAUAUUUAAUGGACUAAUUUGGUGCUAAUUGCUAAGCCAAUAUUUGAGCUAAGAUUCUGAAGUUUACAAAUGCUUCUAUCAUGUUUGGAUCAUCUUCUGUGGCCUUAGAAUCAACCAGAACUUAGAAGCUACCCAUAGAAGUAUCUUCUUAUGAUUGAUUAUACCUUUAGAAUUGAAAUUGAAUGCAAAAUCCAUGAGCAGGUUUUGUACAAGUAGCAGCACAAUUGGUAGAUAGCUACACUUUUUAUGCAUUUA